CCGGGUUUUCGAAACGUCAGUUUUAUUUAUUUUGAAUAAUUUCUGUACAAUCCGAAUACAUUUAUACUUUGCUUGGUAGUUCUGUUUGGUGCUUGGGCUUGUCAUAACAUCAUUAGUUCAUAGAAUGAUUGAAAACCGCAUACUGGAAAAAUGGUCACCAAGAGGUCAGAAUAUCAGAGACAGUUUAAAGUGUCUACACUGAAGAAAAAUGUUCCAUCAUAUUAUGAAAAUUUAGUAUUUAGAAACCAGUUUCGAAAUCGGCAAUAUUUUCAUACUCCAAUAGAUUGGGAAUCUUCAGAUGAAUCAGAGUCUUCGUCUUUGGAAACUGUAAAUUAUUCUUCACACAAAAAGAGUGGUUCCCAGACAAAGAAGUGUACAGAUGAUAUUACUUCAGAACGUAGUAUUAACAACAAACAAAACAAGAUUUGCGAUGAUUAUGAUGAAAGGGUAGAUAAAAAAGUAAAUAAGUGCACAAAUACUGAAAAUGCAUUAAUAGACAGUGAGGAGAGCAGCUCUGUGUCGGAAGAUGAUGGUGAGAAUGAAGUGGUGGUUCUUGUUAAAAGGAAAAAGCACAAAUGUGAUGGACCAAAACAGAAAGUUCCCACCAACAAAACUUACAUUUGUAAGCGGACUCGAAUGAAGUGUCCAGACCGGUGUCAGGAGAUCCCAAAACCUUGUAAGAAGGUCCUACCAGUCUAUGAAAAACCUCCAUUUGUUGCCUAUGGCUGGGCAGAACGCCUCCACCACCAGACUCACAAUGUUCGAGCUCCUAAUGAUAUUUACACACAUGCCUUGAAUGCAAAACAAAAUAUGCUGCUCCAUAAAAGGGAAGAACAAGAGAAGAGAGAAUGUCACAGAAAACAGCUGAAUGCUCUUUUUAAAAAACAUAUCGCUUUACAGAGGUGUGGGUCGCCAGUAGACUGGAAGAGUGAAUACAAAAGUUGUUUUCCAGCUUACGACAGUUACGAAUAUGUCCGGGUCCUUUCAGCUCGGGCAGCAUCCACAAUGUCUAGGAAAUAACAAUGUGUGGUGGUGUGUGAGAAAUCGCACAUUGUUCUCAUUUAUAAAUUUCACAUCAAAACCAAUAUUGAGAAUAAUUAAAAAUCCACCAAAGAAUACCCGUAAUAAGUUCAUAGGUUUAAAUAAUAAAUUAUUGACGGUCAUAGUUAACCAUUAUCUGCUAGAAUUAUUAAUGUAAGACCUGAAAUAGAUGUUGUAGGCAAUCAAGGCAUUAGGAUAUUCUAGCAUACAUGGAUAGAUUUUAAAAAUAUAUAAUAGAAUCUCAAAAAAGUCAUGCAUGUUUAUUUAUUAUUGGAAUCGUUGAAAGUGCAUGUGCACUCUUUUCUAGCCUUUACUCAGUGUGUGUGUAUAUUUAUUUACCAUGUAGUUGAAAUAAAUGGUGCUGUUACUAAUGUGUAUGACAUAAAACUAAAACGCUUUUACAUGCUACUGUGAUAUCACAUCCCAAAAACUGACAACUUCAGUAUACGGCCCAUUUUCCAUUAACGCACGUGGAAAUGUUUAGGUUUUUUUUUGCAUAACGCAGUAGAUUACUAUGCAAAAUUUGACAGUCAUUUUUUAUUAUUUUUAUGCACCGAAUGCUCGUGCAGAAUCGCAUAUUUUUAAAAGGAACUGUGUAUGUGCACUAUUGAUAAAUAUACAUGAAAUGCAUUGAUGGAAAGUGGGCCUCAUAGAUGUCUGAAGGCUUCCAGUCAUUGAAACACUUCUUCACACGCACCAACUCGUUUUCCGUUCACACCUAUUUGAUCUCAGCAGUUUAUGACACACUCUUGCUUGGGGAGAAAUAAAUAAUAAUUUCUUUAAUUACAAAUCAGUUGACGCUGGCAUUUCAGAUCGUAUGUCAUCGAGGAAUGUUAUAAGUACCGUAAGUGUGUGUGGGGGAGGGUACAGUUCGUCUCCACCAAAAAUAAAAGGUGCCUUUUUAAGUUUUAAAGUGCCUUUUUUUUAUCUAGCUGGAGGAGACCCUAUAUUAA